AAGAGAGAGAGAGAGAGAACCAGUGUCUUGUUCGCGGAAAACAGAACCCUGAGCAAAACUGUGACCCGCAGUCAAUUACCUAAAACUGUGGCCAGGCUAGGGUUUUAGGGCUCUGCCGUUGUAAAACCCUAGCUCCGGUAAUGGAGGGGUUGAGGGUUUCCGAUACAAAUCUCAAAGUGUUCUUACACCCAUCGAAGAGCGGCGACGUCGACGGCGCAAUUCAUCAAGUGCUGAGCUCCAUGAUUUUCAAGUUUGAUGAUACUUUGGAUGGUGCGUUAGUUGCUUAUAGGUUUGACAUUUCAUCUAAGGAUGCAAAGAUUCUGAAUGGGAUUCAUCCUUAUUUUGCUGUGAGCCUAAGAGCAAAGCUGUUACUUUUCUCUCCAAAGCCAAAUAUGCUUGUAGAAGGGAAGGUGGUGAAACUCACACGAGGAUCCAUUUCUGUCAUUGUGCUUGGCUUUUCGUGUGCUUUCAUAAAAGACGAAGAUAUUCGCGAAGAGUUUAAAUAUAAAAAUAAACGUGGCAAGCAAGUAUAUAUUAGCAGAUAUCAGAAGCGACAUGUGAUAAAAGUUGGAACCAUGAUACGACUCUCAGUCAACAGUAUGGAUGUGGAUACGCUGCACAUAUAUGGCUCUUUGCGUCCGGCUGACACAGGGAGCAUUCGGUUUUUAGAUAAAGACAUGGAAGAUGAUGCGCUUACAGACAGGAGUAAGAGGAGAAGAGAAAAUGAGGGGGAGUCAGUUAUGCAAGAGCCCAGUACAACAGUUAUUCAAGGGCUUAAUACAAAAGUUAAGGAAGGGCCUAGUUCAACUGGUACCGAAGCAUUGUCUUACGAUAAUGACCAGUAUAUCAAGAAGUCAAAGAAGCACAAGACAAGAUGACACUUGAAGAGUGCUGUGGGGUUAAGUGGUUUUGUGGCUAUUUUUUGAUUUCCAGUAGCAUCAAUGUUGUGUUUCUGUAUGAUCCAGAUUCUGAAGCCUCAGAGUCCCAAACGAAAAAGAAACGAUAAUAGAUAUCAGCCUCAAAGUUCUUGAUAGAGAUGCAUUCUUAACUAUUUUUGUCAUUUGGUUUUAGAUUCUUAGGUCUUGUAUUCUGUGAUGCUUGUAACAUGGUGAUUAAUUAUCAGCCUUCGAGGUUAUGUGAAACAUUAUGUAACAUUUUCCUUGUAAUGGAACUGGAGCUCAGUUGAUCAUUUGCUGAGUCAUAUGAGACCA